AUGGAUCCUAUCCUUUUUGCAGAGCCAGUCCGCUAUUCGCCUCUCGGCUUACCGUCUUGCCCCGGGCCCGGUCCCCUUCCCUUCGUUGGGGCUGGAUCUCGUUCACAUUCGCAUCACACGUCCGCAUUUCGUGCCUGCCAUUUUCGGAUGCCUUCUUCUCUCUCCUCAGUCGGACCAGGCUCUUCUUCUGCCUUGACAUGCUCGGGUCGUCUCCUGCCUCACUUUGCCCGCGGACGGCCUUGA